AUGGAAAAAUCGACUAGUACCAAUACAAGUCCUAUUCCUUCCGAUAUGAUGACAUGGGUAGCCAUGGGUAUAGCGUUAUGUAUUGGCUAUUUAAUUAAGCAAUUGGUAGAGAUGUUGACAUCACCGUUGUACGAGAUUCCUGGCCCACCAACUUGGUCUCCGUUCGGUCAAGUCUCUACAAUUAUGAAAGAACCACCUGGCGAUUCAUACAUCAAGUGGAGUGAACAGUACGGUGGUAUAUUGCGUUAUGUUUUUCCUAUUUAUCAUCAAAAAGUCGCUUUGAUUGACCCCGAUUAUAUAAAGCAUGUUUUAGUUACAAAUUGCACUAAAUACAAGAAACCUGAGGAAGGGAAAAAGUUCUUACUGCCUGCUAUUGGCGAAGGGCUAGUUUUACUAGAAGGCCAAAAACAUGCUAAAGCUCGUAAAAUUAUAAAUCCAGCCUUUAAACACAGCAAAAUUAAGGAGCUAGUGCCCAUAUUUCAUAGAUUUGCACAAGCACUGGUUGAGUAUUGGCAAAGCAGAAUUGAUAAUUGUGGUGGUCAAGAAGCUAUACUAGAAGUGCAUGAGGAUUUAAGCCGGGUCACAUUGGAUAUAAUAUGCAAGAGCGCUUUUGAUUAUGAGUGCAAUGCAUUAGAAGAUCCGACUAAUGAAGCUUCGGUUGCCUUUGCUAAAGUCUUGGGAGGUCUUGAUUUUGAUUGGACAUUCUUCAUUCCAUUUUAUAAUUACCUACCUACGCCUGGCAAUUUGAAAACAAAGCGUGUUCUCUCCCUUUGUCAUAACACAAUCAAUAGAGUCAUUAAAGAAAGAUUAGAAAAAGAAACUCUCGAUGAGGAGAAGUGUCUGCUCGAUAUUUUGUUAUCCCUAAGAGAUGAAGACAAUAAUACAGGCUUUACGGAAACAGAAUUAAAAGAUCAUAUAAUGACAUUUAUGGCCGCCGGUCAUGAGACCACAAGUGUAGCUAUAGCUUGGACUUUAUAUGCAUUAGCCGGCAAACCUGAGAUUCAGAAUAAAGCUCGCCAGGAAAUUUAUAAAGCUCUACAUCAGUGUGAUAACAUUACAUGGGACAUUUUAGAUGGAUUGACAUAUUUGGACAGUGUUGUAAAGGAAUCCCUUAGGCUAUAUUCUCCUGUGCCAGUAACUUUUCGAGAAGCGUUAGCGGAUGAUAUGAUUGGAGAUUAUUUUAUACCGAAAGGAACUGCUGUUACACUUUUACCGCCCCAUCGUACCAGAUCUAGAAAUUACAAGAAGGCUUUAUCUCACUAUGAGGCCUUUGCCCUCUUUAAAGCUUAUUGUUUCACCUAUAUCGUCUUCAUAAUGAUUACUGACGGCAAGAGCAGAUGUAAAGCUGAUUUUAAACCUGUUUAA